ACUUUCUGAUUGAUCUGUUAAGUUAUGAGGAAAUUUUGUGCCGAUAUGUCAUCCCUGCAACAUACAAUAGCGACUUAUCGAUAUCGCUAAAAAGGAUUAGAUUAAUAUCUAUUCAGUAUUUAAUCAUGAAGUCUGUUGAUCGCCCGCCCAGUAAUCCAAAAAGAUUAACCAUUGAAUCCAGUCAGGAGGUUUUUUCAAUUGAUAUUUCCAGACGUACAAGAUCCAGCAGCUUAGCUCACCAAGAUGAUAUUCCCCAAAAUCAGGAGCAGAAUGAGCCACAGCCAGCCCCUAUCCAUCGUUUUCGCAGAAAGGCGUUAGCUUGUCGUUUAAAAAGAAAACCUCCUGUUCCAUCCACACUGUCCGACGACGAUUUCAUGGAUGCUCCAUCGUUGAAGCGCCAAUUCAGAUCUGCCUCACCUUCUCCUUCAGAACAAAUCAGUGCAAAGAAGUUAAAAGUACCUUCUCCUCAAGUUCCUUGCGUGAAAAGAAGUCCAAAGUCUAAUAUCAUUACAAAAAAAAACUCUCCUAAACAGAAGACUCCUAGAAAAUCACAGAAACUGAAUAUCCGCUGCAUUCCCUAUGAUGUUAUUGUAUCAUCUUGGAUAAUGAGCGAUCGGCAGCGCGAUGCUGUCGCUAGGUUGGGAUUUUCAAGCAUAUUUGAUUUGCGAACUGAUGCCUUAGAGAGCAGAUCACUCAUCAGGUGGUUGAUGGAUAAAUUGGAUCCACAUGACAUGACCAUACGCCCAGGGGAUGGCAAGGAACUAAAGAUAACAAAAGAUACGGUUCAUCUGAUUUUGGGUUUGCCAUGUGCUGGAGGAGGCAGGGAGUUUACUGAUUGGUAUGGUGAAGUGGAUGCUGCUGCAAAACUGAGACGUGAUCUCAAUGUUGGUAAAGAAGAAUUUGAUGUUGUCAAGCUUCAAGACAAGAUAGUGCUUGGCAACGAUGAUGAGCUAUCAAUUAGAUGCUUUUUUCUGAUUCUAUUCAAUCGGCUUCUUUUUCCUUCUGCUUCUUGGGGCAUUACAAACAAUGAGGUACUCAUGACUUCAAACAUGGCCCGAAUGUCUGAUAUUGACUGGUGUCAACUAGUUUACACGGAUUUGUGUGAUGCUGCCGCACGUUGGCAUAAAAGGAACAAAACAAACAUCACAGCAACAAUAUAUGGAUGCUCACUCAUUGUUCUGAUUUACUAUCUUGAUCACCUACAUCACCCUGCAUCUCCUGUUAACAAAUAUGAUACUCCACACAUUAAGUUUUUUGACAAUGAGACCAUAAAAGAGUUGGCUCGUGGUGACAGACGCCCCCCCCCGUAAAACUGGUGAACCAUUCGGAUAUGCAGAGUUUCGUAGCCGUUCAGAAACGUGUUACGUCAUUGCUCCAGAACGGCCUGUUUCUGCCGUUUUCAACAUAUAUGUGCCACGUAUCAAGAAUUUGAUUGGCAACAAGUUGCAAUGUUUGCCCUCCCAGCAGCGUCCAAUGUUUCAAUCAUUGUUUGAUGCUCAUGACAAAGAGGUGGAUAAAUACUGUGAUUCCCUUCAACUGAGCCAUCAGAUGAUUGUUUCGAAGUAGAUUGAACUCUCUGAAACAUUUGGUGAAAUGAUCGAUGAAGUUCUGAGAGCUGCAACGCAGCGCGAUUCACAGCCAGAAGGUUUUAGUAUUUAUGUUUAUUUUUUUAAACUAAUCAAGUUCACGAAUUAUUUCCUGGAAAAUAAUAUAUACUUAUACGAUCUCAAACAAUUUAUUAUAUGCAGUUUUGUAUAUACAAAUUAUAUAUUAAUUUAUACUCAUACAAGCAGCAACAUAUUUUUUCAGUGUAUUUCAUUUUUUGAAAACUGUAUUUUAUUUAUGCAUCCUGAUAGUAUACUGAUGUAGUUUGCAAAUGUGUAUGUUUAACCAUUUUUUUAUAACGAUACAUUUAUAUUGCAGUUAUAUUUCAAUAACAACUACUAUAUUAUUAUAUGUUCCAAAUGUAGAUAACCCCCCUACCUCAAUGCCUCCAACAAAUGAUCCAGUAUCCACACCAACUGUUCCAACACCUGAUAAACAACAACAUGAUCAGGAAAGCCAUGUUCCUACUGAUCAUAUCAAAGUAUCAGAUGAUAUUGUCAGUGGGAACGUCUGCAAAAAAGAUGAAGUUAUGGAUGCCCCUAUUUUUGACAAGACUCCAAAAUUUAAUGCUCCCACAACAGACAAGCCUGCUGCUCCUAAGUUAACACCAGAUAUAAAUAGUGAAGGACAAAAAUCUGUUACACAUGAUACUCCUGUAUCUGGUGCACCUCUGUUCGAUAAAACCCCACUGACAGAUGCAACUACUGACCUGGUUGCAAAGGAUAGUUCCUGUAAAGCUGCAGUCGCUGAACAUCCUCACGUGUCACGUGAAGACUGUGCUCGCAACCUGCUUAAGUUCAUUUUGUCAGGAAAACUAGAUCCGAGCAUGUCUAUCAUUAAUUUUGGAGGAUUUGGAGGGUCUGUCCUUGAUGUUGUCCAGUCGUUUGGUCCCAACAAAUGUCUUGAGAAUACUUUCAUGCAUCGAUUUAUCGACUGUAUUCAUCAGGAUGAUGUAUUAUACAAUCCAGAUUCUGUAAUCAACACUCUAAUACUGAAUGUCAACGUUGGGACCGUUUUGAAUAUCGAGGAGUUUGAACAACACAGUUCAAAUCCACAGCCCUUCACAACAUCACUUCUUAAAGAACAUCUUAAACCGACCCUUCCUUCAGAUGAUGUUCUGAACCAGAUUAAAUUGAUCCUGGUUCCUAUGCUACGUCGAAGCCACUGGACCCUUUAUGCAAUCAAUUUUGAACGUCGUCGAAUAGACAUCUUAGAUUCAAAUCCUUAUGGUACAUUGCUUGGAGGCACUACAUGGAAACAAAUCCAUAAUGAUCAAAUGAUGAUAAAUGGAACGAAGAUACCUUGGUCCAGAUUAAUAAUGAGAAGACUUAGCAUUGCCUUACAUGAAGCUCGACCUGAGUCAACUGUACCAAAGUUUGGCAACUACAAGAUUGGGCUCCUUCCCAAUUGUCCAACCAUGACACCAGGGUCAAAUGAUUGUGGUUUUUUUGUCGCAAACUUCCUCUGCUACUACGAUUUUGAUGAUGGCGACUUAUCAGAAUUUUAUACUCCGGAUGAACCAUUGGACCAACGUGCCUUUGUUCUGCAUUACCUUACCUUUCAUCGCAACAACAUGGUUGCCCCCCUUCCUGCAGAACUGCUGCCUUUCAAGUAUUCUCCAAGGAGACGCCGCUAUUUUAAAGCCAAGACUUAGAUAGCAUAGCUGAACAUGAUUCCCUGUGGGAUCCACAAAACUGUUUAUGUUACUUGUCAAGUCACUUAUGUUAGGCCUCUGAUCAUGUGUCUGAUACUCCGUGUGCCACUUAUGUUCAAUGUGUCUAAUGUCUAUGCUACUUCGCAUCAGUUUUUAUUUGAAGUGUGUCAAACAUAAUUGUUACCAGAAUGUCUAUUUAUGUUAUCUGUUAACAAAUUCUAUGAUGUU